ACACUCUUUCCUAUGGUUUAGUUGAAGGUUUAAAGGGUAGAGGAAUACAUAGAUGACAAAAUAAUACCAAAUGAUUAAGUGGUAUAUAAACUUGGAUCGAAAGAAUGGUUCGGGAUGACAGACGUCCGAGCGUUGGCACUGUUGGGGCAGAGGAGUGUCAGGCUGGCGUCAACAGUGAACAGGUGAGCCAGGCAGACCAUGACGCCCACGCCCAGCCUCGUCAUCCUCUCCACCCACGGCAAGGACGGCCGGGACGUAGUGAAAGGCAUUUUGGACAAAGAAUGCUUGCCGGAGCCGAGUUCAGUGGUGGACGGCGUGGAGUGCUGGGAGUGGUGGGUGGAGAACAAGUACUACACGGCCACCGUCCAGUUGGCGUGUGUCUCGCAGCCAGAACAGUGCCUGCCCUGGAUCCUGGAGAAUGGGGAGGCACUCAUCAUAUACUGUGACUCAGCGCAGAAUGAUGUCCUGGAGAGAGUUAAUAGUUUGGUAGAGAAAACUGAAGACUUUGAGCCAGAAGUCCAGCUGCUGGUGUGUGACGCCCUCGCUGAGGACGACAACACCGACACUCUCUCAACACUCAAAGGGCAGCAGUGGUGCAUCAGCAAUGGCUGGGAGCUUGUGGAGCUGCACCCACACCAGCCCCAGGCCGAGGAUCCCGAAGAAGAUGACUUUCAUGAGUCAUGGGGCUUCAAGCGCAUAUGCCAGGCUCUGCAUGCAUACACUUGGUCCAACCUGACUAUGAAAGACAGUCAAGGGAACAGGCUGAGUGCAGUCCUACAGUCUGUGUCCUCGCAGGAAGACAAGAGUGCCAGCAGCCCACAAGAGGGUGAGGAAGUGAUGUACUCUCGACUGGAUAAUCUGGCCCUGGAGGAGAGUGCUUCAAACCCACCUGACGAAGAGUUAGAAAAUGCAUUGGACCCAUCCAUGAUUCGAGAUUGCUUGGGUGAAGAUGGCGACUUUGAAAACCUCUUCUCUAGCUUUGAGCACCUGAAGAGGACAGCGGCAAACCUUCCUCCCAACCAGCGCCGAGACUAUGCUGAGAAAGUGGCUGUGGCCUUCUGGAGAGCCAUGGGAGGAGAUGAAGACGAGGUGGAUGGCCUGGGCUUGGACUCAGACUGACGUGGGUGUUGGUGUUAGUAAGUGAGUGUUGUUGUUGAUGUGGUUGUGAUGGUGCAUAGUGGACUCUAAGUGUUGUUUUAUGUUAUUAGUAUAUAUAUAUUGAAAUGCAGUAUAGAGGGUUCUUAAUUACCAGUCAUACUAAAAUUAUGCCUAGUUUUCAUAUGAAAUGUAGAUCUGCCUUUUAAAGUUUAAAAGUUUUUACUAAAUUAUUGGAAUUGGAGUGGAAUUUUUUUACCAUACUGCUUUGUUAUCCUAGGAGAGGUAUGCAUAUUCUGUUGCUUGGAUGUGUUAAAUAUUUUAUAUAAUUUUUGUAACUAUACAGCCUACCAUUGUAAUUUUUUUUCUCUCACAGUAAGUGAUGAAGUAAUUAUGAGGCAGCAAUCCAUUGCUCCCCUUGUCUCUUAUGUAGUACAAGUAGCCUUCUGCGCUUCUGUAGGUGGCCUGUAACCUGCAGGUGGAAGCUAGGGUUGUGAAUCUCCCAGGGGUGUGGAGUUGGAGUCAGUCAGUAAAAAUAUCUCUAACUCCUUUAUGAUACAUAUAUUGUUAUGUGGCUGGGUGUGGUGCGGUUGGGUUUGAUUUACCUACCACUGUAAUGCUGAAGAGGGGGAGGGAGAGGGUGGUGGAGUUGGAGUUGCAAUCUUAAAAUUUCCUGGAGUCAAGAGUUUAUUUUUUAUAUCUGCCUCCACACCCUUGCUCUAUCCUGUUGUAUUGUCCUCCAAACCAGGUGGCAGAGGCUUGGUGAUGUACCCCAUAUGUAUUCAGGGCAUAAUAUGAUGUGCGGUAAUUAGGUCUGUAGUGUAAGAAAGCCAUGUGAUGGUGUAUAGUGUCAGUGGUUGUGUGGCCCAGUUGUGAUUUAUUAUUUUUUUCUUAUCUUUUAAAUAUCUAGCCAUUCCCCUGCUGCUGCGCUCACAAUGGGAAAUGUGACUCAGAUAAUAAAAUAUGCAUUCCA